ACACUCUAUCUUUAUAAUUUGCGCUCACACUGACACCACGGUAGUAGGGAGAGAAGCCAAGCUAAAUUAUUUCAACUCUCUAUGUUUAAUGAAAAGGAAUUGCUAGCAAAAUUUAAGUUAUUAUUUAUUUAUAACAAUGGCAGGCAAUUUUUGGCAAAGCUCACAUCACCAGCAGUGGAUACUGGACAAACAGGAUCUCAUACGCGACCGCCAACACGACUUGAAUAUUUUGUCUGAAGAAGAGUAUCAGAAAAUUUUUAAUUUCUUUGCUAGCAUUAUCCAGGUCUUAGGCGAGCAGUUGAAACUCCGUCAGCAAGUGAUAGCUACCGCUACUGUGUACUUCAAACGGUUUUAUGCGCGAAAUUCCUUGAAAUGCAUAGACCCCUUGUUGCUGGCGCCAACUUGCGUAUUUCUAGCAUCCAAAGUGGAGGAAUUUGGUGUUAUAUCGAACUCCCGUUUAAUAACCACAUGUCAGACAGCUAUUAAGAACAAAUUUAGCUAUGCCUACGGUCAGCAGGAAUUUCCAUAUAGAACAAAUCACAUAUUGGAAUGUGAAUUCUAUUUGUUGGAGAAUUUGGAUUGCUGUUUGAUCGUAUACCAACCAUACAGGCCAUUGCUAACAUAUGUGCAGGACAUUGGGCAGGAUGACCAGCUCCUAACAUAUGCCUGGAGAGUUGUUAAUGAUUCCUUAAGAACUGAUGUCAGUUUGUUGUAUCCACCAUAUCAGAUUGCAAUAGGCGCACUGCAUAUAGCAUGUGUUAUGCUUGGUAAGGAGAAUUUAAAAUCUUGGUUUGCUGAACUCAAUGUUGACAUGGAUAAGAUUCAAGAAAUAGUGAGAGCAAUUAUCAACCUAUAUGAAAUGUGGAAAAGUUAUGAUGAGAAGAAGGAAAUUCAAGGGUUGCUAGCGAAAAUGCCCAAACCCAAGCCCGCUCCACAAAGAUAAAAGAAGAAACUAUUUGACUGGAUAUAUAAUUAGCAAAAAGUUUACAAAUAGAAGUAAGGCGUUUGGGCUUUGCACGUAAUGUAUACAAACGGACAACAUUAUUCUGAGUUGUUUACAUAAGAUUCAGAUUUACGUAAUGGAAAGUGAUAAUACAAAAUAAUAAGCUAAGGAGAGUGUGACCUGCCUAAUUUUGACCUUAGUAACAUUAUUUUUAAUU